AUGUUCUGCCGCAACCAGGCGAGCGCUGCCGCGAGAGCGUGCGGGAGAUACGGACAGCAGGGUAUGAGGCUCAGCAGCAGCCGAUCGAUGGGCGGCAGCAGCAGUAGCGGCAGCCUCAUCAAGGUGGUGUUGUCGCCAACCGCGUCGAGCUCAAGGUGGUUGUCUGUGGCUGCUGCAGGCGACGCUGUUUGCAGCUACCCUGGAACCUUUUCCAGCUUCAGCAGCCCUGUAGCGGCCACUGAAGCUAGCGCUAAUAAUUUCAAUCCCACCCCGCUAUCUGCCCCUCCUCCUCAUUCUCCCGCCGACUGCUCGACUUUUUCUUCCCGACGACGUCCUCACGCCUCCGAGUCGGCUCUUCCUCUCCUCCCCUUCUCCCAUCGUCGCCGAGGUACAGGACGCUUCUUCUCUACCACACCAGCAGCCAUGGUAGCCACCAAACUCGAUGGCAAUGCCAUUGCCAAGAGCAUCCGCGAGCGCAUCGGCCGCGAGAUUGCCGAGUGUCAAAAAUUGAACCCCCGCUACCGCCCCUCCCUCAAGAUUGUCCAAGUCGGCGACCGUCCCGAUUCCAGCACCUAUGUUCGUAUGAAGCUCAAGGCUGCACAAGAGGCAAACAUUGACUGCGAGCUCAUUUCCCUCCCCGAGUCAACUUCCGAGCCCGAGAUCCUCGACCUGAUCCGCCGCCUUAACAACAACCCCUCCGUCAACGGCAUCCUUGUCCAAUUGCCCCUGCCUGCUCACCUCUCCGACUACGCCGUCACCUCGGCAGUCGCCGACGAAAAGGACGUCGACGGCUUCGGCACCACUAACAUCGGCGAGCUCGCCAAGCGCGGCGGCACCCCCAUUUUCACACCAUGCACCCCCAAGGGUGUCAUGCACCUCUUGAAGGAGGCUGGCGUCGAGCUGGCUGGCAAGUAUGCCGUUGUCAUUGGCCGCAGCAACAUUGUCGGUAGCCCUGUCAGCUAUCUGCUGCGCAACGCCGAUGCCACCGUCACAGUUUGCCACUCCAAGACCGCUGGUCUCGAGAACCACAUCAAGGCAGCCGAUAUUGUCAUCGCUGCCAUUGGCUCUCCUCACUUUGUCAAGGGCGAGUGGCUCAAGGAAGGCGCAGUUGUUAUUGAUGUUGGCACCAACUUCAUUCCUGACGCUAGCAAGAAGUCUGGCCAACGCCUCGUCGGUGAUGUCGAGUUUGAGUCUGCUUCCCAGGUCGCCUCCGUCAUCACCCCCGUUCCUGGUGGUGUCGGCCCCAUGACUGUAGCUAUGCUUCUUGAGAAUGUUGUCGAGGCCACCAACGUCUUUUUUGAGAAUGAGAAGCUCCGCAAGACCGUUCCUCUGCCACUCAAGCUCCUCGAACCUGUGCCUUCCGACAUUGCCAUUUCUCGUGCCCAGACGCCGAAGCAGAUCACCCGUAUUGCCUCGGAGGUUGGCAUCGCUUCUCAUGAGCUCGAGCCCUACGGCGCUUACAAGGCCAAGGUUGACCUUGGCCUUUUGGAGCGUCUUCAGCACCGCAAGAAUGGCCGCUACGUCGUCGUCACCGGCAUUACCCCCACUCCGCUCGGUGAGGGCAAAUCUACCACCACAAUGGGAAUUGCCCAGGCUCUGGGCGCUCAUGUUGGCCGUGUGACUUUCGCCAACGUCCGUCAGCCUAGCCAGGGCCCCACCUUCGGUAUCAAGGGCGGUGCCGCUGGUGGUGGUUAUAGUCAGGUCAUCCCCAUGGACGAGUUCAACAUGCACUUGACUGGUGAUAUCCACGCCAUUACCGCCGCCAACAACUUGUUGGCAGCUGCUAUCGAGACCCGUAUCUUCCACGAGAACACCCAGAAAGAUGCCGCGCUCUUCCGUCGUCUUGUCCCACCCAAGAACGGUGUGCGCAAGUUUGCUCCCAUCAUGUUCCGCCGUCUCAAGAAGCUCGGCAUCGACAAGGUGAACCCCGACGACCUCACCGAGGAGGAAAUUGGUCGCUUUGCCCGUCUUGAUAUUGAUCCCGAGACCAUUACCUGGAGGCGUGUUCUCGAUGUCAACGAUCGCCACCUCCGCGGCAUCACCGUCGGUACCGCCCCUACCGAGAAGGGCCAGACCCGCGAGACUGGAUUCGACAUCUCCGUUGCCAGUGAAUGCAUGGCAAUCUUGGCCCUCAGCACAAGCCUGGCUGACAUGCGCGAGCGUCUCGGUCGCAUGGUCGUUGCUACCUCUCGCAAGGGUGACCCGGUCACUUGUGAUGAUAUCGGCGCCGGUGGUGCCCUGACUGCUCUCAUGAAGGACGCCAUCAAGCCCAACCUGAUGCAGACGCUUGAGGGUACCCCGGUGUUCGUUCAUGCUGGCCCAUUCGCCAACAUUUCCAUUGGCCAGAGCUCUAUCAUUGCUGACAGACUUGCUCUUAAGCUUGCUGGUACUGAGCCUGAUGAAGAUGUUAACGAGAAGGCUGGUUUCGUCGUGACGGAGGCUGGCUUUGAUUUUACCAUGGGCGGCGAGAGAUUCUUCAACAUCAAGUGCCGCGCCUCCGGCCUCGUUCCCGACGUUGUUGUCGUCGUGGCUACCGUCCGUGCUCUCAAGGUCCACGGAGGCGGUCCUCCCAUCGCCCCCGGUGCUCCUCUCAACGCCGUCUACAAGGAGGAGAAUGUCGAAAUUCUGCGCGCUGGCUGCGUUAACCUCAAGAAGCAUAUUGCCAACGCUAAGUCGUUUGGAGUGCCUGUCGUUGUCGCCAUCAACAAGUUUGCUACCGACACCGAUGCCGAAAUCCAAGUUGUCCGUGAGGAGGCCAUCGCAGCUGGUGCCGAGGAUGCUAUCCUGUCGGACCACUGGGCCAAGGGCGGUGUCGGGGCUGUUGACCUGGCCAAGGGUGUCAUUGCCGCUAGCGAGAAGCCCAAGGAGCUGACCCUUACAUACGAUCUCGAUGGCACGGUGCAGGAGCGCAUCGAGGCCAUUGGCAAGAAGAUGUAUGGCGCUGCUGCCGUCGAGUUCAGCGAGCUGGCCCAGAAGAAGGUUGACACGUACACCAAACAAGGCUACGGCAACCUUCCCAUCUGCAUUGCCAAGACCCAAUACUCGCUGUCGCACGACCCUGACCUGAAGGGUGCCCCUACCGGCUUCACCAUCCCCAUCCGUGAUGUCCGAAUGGCCGCUGGUGCUGGUUAUCUGUACGCCCUGGCUGCUGAUAUCCAGACCAUCCCCGGCCUUCCGACUGCUCCCGGCUACCUCAACGUCGAUGUUGAUUUGGAGACUGGCGAGAUUGAUGGCCUCUUUUAA